AAACUUGAGUUAUUGGAGUUGGAUCAGUCACUGGGACAAUGUGACUUUGGUGUUUGGGAACGUCGCGCAUGAUAAUAACAGAGUAGCUCUCUUUCUUAUGCUAGGAAUAUUUAUUUUAAGACUGUUGUUAAGUAUGAAUAACAGACACGCAGAGAUGGACUGGUGGUGGACAGUUUUCACACUGCUUUUGAAUUUUCAAUUCACUUACGGGUCCCCCUCCUCUUAUGACUUGUUCCACGGGUCUGCAUACACUGGAGUGGUACACAGACACAGAAAUAGGAACUGGUGCGCCUAUGUGGUGCACAAGAACGUGAGCUGCGCCGUGAAGGGGGGUGUGGAGAGCUUCGAGGAGCCUGUGAUGGCCCCCUGCCCACCCUACCAGCCCGACUGCCAGCAACAAGUGACAUUCCAAUCUCGGUUUCGGCCCACAUACAAGAUUGCCUUCAAGACAGUCACAGAGUUAGAGUGGAGAUGCUGUCCUGGUUACCAAGGUCCAGACUGUAAAGAUUUAAAACCACCCCCAGACCGACAAUUAGUGCAGGGGACACAGCCUUACCUCCCAUCAAAUCCUGUACAUACAACCAGACACACACAGAGGCCAGAGCGGAGAGAGACUGGGCACCAUGAGACGAGGCACGGUGGUACAGAUAAGGUGCGUCUUCUGGAAGGUGAAGUUCAGCGCUUGUCUCAGACAGUACUGGAUCUCCAGUCAGCUUUGUCAGGGUUAACCACCAACCUCCGCACAGACCUGCAGGAAGACACAAAGAAGAUGAUGGAGACACUUCUCAGCAACAUCCGCCCACCAGACACACCCACAGCCACAGACACAGAGGAGAGCCCAGCAGUACUGGAUGGUCAUCAGGCUACCAGAGGUGGGAUUGCUGGAGAAAAGGCCAUAGAAAAAAUAGUGGCCCGUUUAGAUGAUAUCAACAAUGCAUUGAAAAGCAAGGACGAAGCUUUGGAAGACAUUAGAGGAACCAUGUCAAGUCAUGAGGGGCAGAUUCGUGUCUUAAUGGAUGCUUCACAAUCUCAGACUCCAGCAAUGGUGGAGCUUGAUGUUAUACAGACCUAUAUUGAUGGAAAGCUUGAGAAACUGAAGAAGGAGUUAGACCAGAAUGUAGAGGAACACAUGGCCAAGCUACAAAGCUCAUACAAUGACAAGAUUCAGACCUUGCAGAAUACUUGUGAAAACAGCUGUGACAAAGGUCUGGUCACCCUGACCAGGCUGGUGGACAGCAAGGAGGCUGACCUGAGAAAGGAGAUCCGGUCACUGCGCCUGGACAUGGCUGCGGCAGAUGGACCUGUACGAAUUCAGAGGCAGACAGAUCCAUCCAAAGAGGGAGAGGAUCACAGUGACCACAAAGACUUGUGGCGUGACAUUGAUCGUAUUGCAGAGGCUCACCGCAUCCUGAAUGUCCGCAUUGACAACGAGUUGGCGCACCUGUCUGCACCUCGGGAAGACAAUGACUUAAGCCUACUGAUUGAGGAGCUGGAGGCGCGCAUAAAUAUCACAGAACAAAAUGCAGAAACUCACUGUUUCUAUAUAGAAGAGAAGCUGACCCGUACAAUUGCAGAAGAAGUGGCAGCACUUCAGCAGAUCCUGGAUGAGCGUCUGAACAGCAUGGAGGACCAGUUUACAAACAUGCUGGUGGAAAUGAGCAACAAGUCCUUCCCUGGGAUGUUUGGGGAAUCCAUGGAUGCCAUCCAGACACAGGUCAACAACAACAAGUUCCUCCUUGAGGGUUUGGAUCAUAAGGUAAAUGCUGUUGGAGAGUUGUGCUCUGCAGGAUGUUCAGCCUCAGGAAUAACUGUAGGUGCAGAAGCCUCAUCAACCACAUUUAAGGGUGUAGAACACAUUUUGAAAGACCUGAGCCGGUAUAGGAAUGAAUUGGAUGUUAUGAACACAGAUGUUAAUGCAAACACAGACAAGCUCACGCAACUGGAAAUCCUUCUUAACAGGCAGUCAGAUGGGAUUGAAAGAAGUUCCAAGACGAUGGGAGACUUCCAGAAGGGAUUGAUUAAUCUCCAAGAUAAUGUUCUUGGUCUGGCUGGUGCUGUUACUGGGUUAAGUGAUUCCUUGAGCAAAUACAACCAAGAUAUGUACAGAAUAAACUCAACAUGCUGCCAGGCUGAGCAGAGUGGCACUUGGAGUCCAGUUCCUCGUGGUCAGGCAGACGCCACCAGCCAUCAGGUGGAGGAGCUGAAGAGCAGACUUAAUACACUCAGUAAACAGGUGUCAUCUGAACUGAGUCAAUGUAAACAGAACACCCAGGGUGUUUCCGAUGGCAUCUCUGCUGUAGAUGGACGUGUAACCAGACUUGAGAAGGUGUGUGGAAGGUUAGACGGGAUUUCUGCUAAUAUCAGAGAGCUGAAAGAUGGGCUGGAGAGACAUGUUGGCGGCCUGCGGGAAUGUGUCAACAGGAUGAACGUCACCUGUGGAAAUUAUGGCGCAGACAUCGUCGUGAUGCAGAAUUCCUUGCAGAGUUUCCAGACACAGCUGUCUGCGAUGGCCAAGCACGUUUCUAAAGAUGUGACUGCCAAGGAGCCAGGAAUGACCCUCAGACCCCAGGGGCCUGUCUCUUCGCCAGAUUCAACUCCAACGAGAACCAGAGUCCAACAAAUCCACAUACCACUCAUCUUCAAUCCACAGCAAUCUAGCCCCAGGCAGCCUCACAAUCCCAGCCAACCAGUGCAACCCAACAGACACACAAUCUUUAUCGGCCAGCCCUCUAGCCCCCAUUAUCCAGGCCAACCCAGUCGACCCCUCGCUCCGGUACAGCCAGUGGUGGAGACUGGCGAGGCAGGACCGCCAGGAUAUACCCGCAGGGUGACUGUGCGGAGAGGGUCAGAGGACUCGUCUAGCGUGCCAGUCAAAGGGUUUGCUGGAGCACCAGGCUAUCCUCAUCUGCAGCCUGAGCCUUCCAAGCCUCAGUCAAAAAGCCGUCGAGCUUCGGUGGCAUUCAAGAUGCCCUGGAACCUGUCUCACCAAGCUCCAGUUGCAUCACCAGUUUCAGUAGACAACAGCGCCUUUGCAGAUCCCUUUUCCUUCUCUGCUGGCCUCACUCAGCAGCCCUUCUCAGGAGACUUUGGCAUCGUCCGCUUCAACAGAGUUCUAGUCAACGACGGUGGACACUAUAGUCCCCAAACAGGGAUCUUUACUGUUCCACUGGAUGGCCGAUACCUGAUUUCAGGCCUGCUGACAGCAAAGCAGGGCGACCGCAUAGAGGCCGUCCUGUCCGUGUCUAACCGCAGCGUCCAGAAGCUUCAGAGCUCAGCGGGGCCUGUGGCUGGCCAGUAUGGGAGCUCAGCCAGUGGUAACUGCAGCUGUGGUGGUUCAGUGUCCUUCAGUCUGAUCCUGCCCCUGAGGAAAGGAGACCGCGUAGGCCUGGUGAGGACCAGAGGCCAGCUGGCCACCACCGAGGCCAGGGAGAUCCUCUCCACCUUGAGCGCCAUCUUCCUGUAUGCACCACAGGCCAGCAGAUAGCUGGAGCUCAGCUGGCCAGUAACAGCAAAGACUGAAACUGGACUGGAGGAAAUGUGGAGGAAAACAUAGUUAUCACUGUUUCGCUGUGAUGCAGCUACUUUACCGAGCAGUGUGAACAUUUUCAGCUAUAAAUGCCAAAACUUUACUCUGUUACAACCCUUACAUACUGUUCUGACCCUUUACAGUAUCCCCUUAUAAUUAGUCUCUAUACCACAGUUCAAUCAUAAAUAUUUCAGUCAUUUAUAAAAGUCAUUAAAAUCCUUAAUUGAGCUUUCAGAGAGUAUAUUUGUUAGGUUUUAUAUGAUUUGUUUAUGGAGAAAAAACAUUCAAAAUCACACUAUUAUGGUCCUAUGUUGCCUGAAACAGGAGAAAAUAAUUUCAAAUAAUGUCAUAGAAAGUGAAGAAUGCAACAUUUCUGAAUGGGGACUUUUUUGGUCAAAUUGAAUCCAGAACAACCUCAAAAAUGUGCAUCAGCUGCACAGACAUUGUUGAAGUACUUCCAUUUACAUACAUUUUGUAUAUUCACUGUAGGAAAAGCCACAACAUUUCAGCCUAAAGUAAUGUCUUCAGUGUUUUGACGUAAAUUUGACCUGAACAGUAUGUAAGGGUUAAGAAUCACUUUGCAAUUUUUAGCUAUUUGCCAAAGAUGCCUGAACACAAAAAGCAGGAUUUGUUUCUAAUAUAUUUGAUUAUCACUUUUCCUUUUUGGAUGUAUUGUAAAUGUCUUGUGUCAAAGUGUCCAUAAAUUAACAUGAAACUCAUAAGAUUUUUAUUAUUUUAACAAAGACAUUUCUGAGAAUCAAUAUACAGUAUGAUAAACCUACAGUAUCUGUGGAUUAUAAUGUUUCAAUAAAGUGUGAUAAAUCACCUGUAAGCAUGAGCUCAAUGCUGUGUAAUCUACUCUAAAGAGAAAUGACUGAUGAUUAAAAAACAGAGGUUUUAGCAACACAACAAGCUUUUAGUAAUGUUUCAGAGCUGGCCAGCUUUAGAAACUACACUAAGAAAGAAAGGGUUAGAAGGCUAAAACCCCCAUUUGGGUCAUUACGUAAAGUGGGUGUGGAUGAAAAAUUUCGCCUCUUGUCACUCCUGAGAAUUAGAAAAAUAUUGCAACAGCAGAGUGUAGGAACCAGUGCGUGAAUUUGGUCUUCAGUUCAACCUCUGUUAACCUUAAAAGGAGGCAAAUGACAAAAAAUACAGACUUCAGUU